AUGGUAAGGAAGAUUUUUAUCUAUACAAUAGAGGAAAUCAAGAGGUUGUCACCCAAGAUAAAACUUACACUCAAUGAAGAGGUCAAACCAGGAAAGCCAGAUUCUGAAGCAGCAAUCAACAUCGAAGACCAGUCAUCCAUUGAUGAUGCUAUCUAUGACAAAGUACACAUGCUGGAAGAAUUGGUUGAGUUUCCCUGCAUGCUGAGAUGGAGGGCGGCAGUGGCCUGUAAUGCACAUGCAAUCUGGAGAGUCACUACUCGUGACAGGGAAGGUGAUGCUGCUGUUGCCGUCGCUGAGGAGGUGAAGAAGAACAACCAUGUAGAUGGGAAAACAUUGGACAAUGAGUUGGAGGUUGUUGAGGGAAUGAAGCUAGAUAGGGGCUACAUAUCCCCUUAUUUCAUCACCAACCAGAACAAUCAGAAAUGUGAAUUGGAAAAUCCUCUAAUCAUAAUCCAUGAGAAGAAAAUCUCAAGUAUUAAUGAUGUGGUUAAAGUAUUGGAGUUGGUUUUGCAGGUUAGCAUUUCUCUGGUUAGGUUCACUAGUUUCUUCGUUUUUACUAUGAAUUGGUUGACAAACUUUUGCUCCUUUUCAGAAGCAAAGUUAUGAUUUCAGAUCUGUAGAUAACCUGUUGUUGCUGAUAUUGCUACACGGGAGGAGAAUAGAACAGCUUGGAAAAUGUGCAAGAAGGGAGAGCUAACUCAUACAACGAAGAACAAAUUGAUGAAGUUAAGAUCAAAAUUAGUAGAAUUUGUGAGCUCUCCAUUAUUUAUAAUUAUAGGUAGGAAGUAUGUAUGUAAUAGAGCAAAUAUUGGUUGACUAUGUAAUAACAAUUGAAUUUUCAAGUUUUAUGAAAGAAAUAAUUUUUGCUUCG